CGCCCUGGUUGAAGGCGGGCGGAGCAGAUCACGAAAGAUGGAGCAGCGGAGGGACAGAGGAGGUAGAGGAGCAGCUUUGUCACGUCUCCUCUCUGAAACAUCACGUCUACAGAUCAGGAGCUACGUUUUAUUCACGCGCAUUUAGCCGUGAGCUCGCCGCCRCUGACAGCCGCGCGGCGCCUCUCACUUUUCCCGUCUGUCCGUGAACGCAUCACCGGCUCUGCCUGUUUGUUUCAGUGGAUGGAGAGAGGGUCCUGUUGAAAAUAAAGGAAAUACUCAGAGAAACACCUUUAUCUGGGACUGCCAGGUCGCUCCUAUAGCCGAUAUGGAUGAAGACAAUCACGUUCCAGAUGAUCUGUCUCUGGAGGAGAGAGAUGAGCUGUCAAACAUCCGACGGAGGAAGAAGGAGCUGCUCGAUGACAUUGAGAGGUUAAAGUUUGAGAUUGCAGAAGUUAUGACAGAAAUAGAGCAACUGACGUGUGUCGGGGAAAGCAAAACCUCCCAGAGAAACAARCAGAUCGCUAUGGGGAGGAAGAAAUUCAACAUGGAUCCCAAAAAGGGAAUCCAGUUUCUGCUGGAGAACGACCUCCUGCAGCACACUCCUGAAGACAUUUCCCAGUUCCUCUACAAAGGCGAGGGCCUCAACAAGACAGUUAUUGGAGACUAUUUAGGCGAGCGGGAUGACUUCAACAUCAAGGUGCUUCAGGCUUUCGUGGAGCUGCACGAGUUUGCAGACCUGAACCUCGUCCAAGCGCUACGGCAGUUUCUGUGGAGCUUCAGACUUCCUGGUGAGGCCCAGAAGAUUGAUCGCAUGAUGGAGGCGUUUGCCUCGCGCUACUGCCAGUGCAACCCUGGAGUGUUCCAGUCGACAGAUACAUGCUAUGUUUUGUCCUUCGCGAUCAUCAUGCUGAACACCAGUCUACACAACCCUAACGUCAGAGACAAACCCCCCGUCGAGCGCUUUAUCUCCAUGAACAGGGGCAUCAACGGAGGAGGUGAUCUGCCAGAGGAGCUUCUCAGGAACCUUUACGACAGCAUCAAAAAUGAGCCCUUCAAAAUCCCGGAGGACGACGGCAAUGAUCUGACACACACGUUUUUCAACCCCGACAGAGAGGGCUGGCUCUUAAAGCUUGGCGGCCGAGUGAAAACGUGGAAAAGAAGGUGGUUUAUUCUGACUGACAACUGCCUGUAUUACUUCGAGUACACCACA